AUUAUUUCCCCAUUAGAAAGAUAAAAGCAAAAAAAUUAAAUAAAUAAAAAAAAGGCCAUUGCCAGUGCCAUAGAGGGAGGCCUGCCUUAUUCUUCUCUUGCUGCCCUCUCCUCACCAGUCACCACUCUCGACCUUACCUUUUAUAUAACAACCCUAAACUCUCUCCCUCUCCCUCCCUCCCUCUCCUCCCUCACAUUCUCUCUCUCUCUCUCUCUCUCUCUCUCUCUCUCUCUCUCUCUCAGAAUUAGGGUCUGCUCAAUUUUCUCUGUUUUUUUUUCAUUCAAAGUCUUUUGCUUUUAGAGUUUAAUAGAUAGAAAAAAGAUGGCACAUUGCUUUGGAUUUUCUAAAGCACAUUUUAGAGUUGUUCUAGUCUCUGCAAUUGUCUUGUUUGCCCUUCUAUCCCCAUCUGCUGCUGCCACUCCCAAGCCCUCGGCUGCUGCUGCUGCAACUCCUUCCUCCGCCCCUUCUUCCGCCGCCGCCGCCCCUGCCCCUGGCCCUACCAGUGAUGGGACAUCAAUCGACCAAGGGAUUGCAUAUGUGCUGAUGCUAGUGGCUUUGGUGCUGACAUACCUCAUUCAUCCUCUGGACGCAUCAGCAUCCUACAAUUUCUUUUGAGUUGGAUUUUUUUUAGAUUAAUUAGUAAAAAAAAAAAAAAAAAAAAUGAGAAAAAAUGGUGGUGGUUUUUUCCUUUUUCCUCUAUUAUUUAUUUGAGUGUGUGUGUGGUCGUUUGUGCAUAUUUAGAGAAAUGGAUGAUUGGUAAUAUCUGAGGCUGAUUUAGCUUCUUUUAGAUAAUUGUUGUCAAAUUAUUGUUCCUUUC